AUGUCGUGGCUCAACAAACCGUUUGCGCUCGCACGGAACCGCUCGACCGACGUCGAUGUGCCCGAGAAAAAGACGGCGUCCGAGGAGGGCCAGAUCCACGACGCCGUGUUCGGCGACAUCGAUGUCGACGCGCACGGGCCCAACUUUCGCGGCGUCGGAGCUGGCGGCGCAUUCGUCCUCAUGACCAAGGCAAACUUUGGUCUGGGAGUGCUUGCCAUCCCGACAGUGUUCGCCAUCAUGGGCAUCGUGCCUGGGAUCCUCCUCAUCGUUGGUUGUGAACUCAUGCUGGGCUACUGCGCAUCGUUUUUGGGGCCAUUCAAGAUCCGGCAUCCCGAAGUGUACGGCCUUGCGGACGCGGGAUACGUCUUUGGCGGCGUCAUCGGGCGCGAGCUGCUGUACAUCAUCUUCUCAAUCUUCAUGGUGUUUUGCACUGCGUCGGCGAUUGUGGGCGUGUCGAUCUCGCUGAACGCCAUGUCGCUGCAUGGCGCGUGCACGGCCGUCUUCGUCGUCGUCUCGGCCCUCAUGGGCUUCAUGUUCAGCUCGAUCCGCACUUUGUCCAAGGUUUCGUGGGUUGGCUGGGUCGGUAUUGCGUCCAUCGUUGCAUCAGUCAUCACCCUGACUGUCGCUGUUGGUCUGCAGGAUCGUCCGUCCGAGGCGCCACCCACUGGCCCGUGGGACAAGGGUUUCAUGGUCUUUGGCCACCCGUCCUUCGCUGAGGCGAUGGGCGCCAUCAACAUCAUCCUCUUCUCGUCCAGCGCCACGCCCAUGUACUUUGGCGUUCUGAGCGAGAUGCGUAACCCGAAGCAGUACACCAAGGCCAUGUGCUCCUCGCUCACCUUCCUGACCAUCGUCUACCUCGUCAUCGGCUCGGUCGUGUACCACUACUGUGGGCAGUGGGUGGCCUCUCCCGCCCUCGGCAGCGCUGGUCUCCUCAUGAAGCGCAUCUGCUACGGCAUUGCCUUUCCCGGUCUCCUCGCCUCCCUCACAAUCUUCAACCAUAUUUCCGCCAAGCACAUCUUCGUCCGCGUCCUCCGCGGCUCGCACCACCUCUCGUCCAACACCUGGACCCACUGGAUCACGUGGUUUGGCUGCACGGCCGGUAGUGUCGCCGUCGCGUACAUCAUCGGUAGCGCGAUUCCCAUCUUUGGAAGCCUCAUCGGGUUCAUCGGCGCUCUGAUGUGCCCGCUUGUCGCGAUCAUUCCCGAGAUCUGCAUGUGGUUCCACGACAACUGGACCUGGAACGGCUGGCGUCCUGGACAGCUCUCUCCUGCCAAGGCUGCGCAGGCGGCUUUCAACUGCUUCCUCCUGCUGGUGGCGGCGCUCUUCUGCAUCGGCGGCACAUACUCGGCUGUGCUUGACCUCGUCAACACGACCGUCGACAACGGGCCGUGGACGUGCGCGAACAAUGCGGGCUCGCUCAUCUAA